AUGGAUGGAAUGAGUCUGCUUCAAAGUCAAAUGGUCGAGAUUCAAGGUCAUAUGAGCAGGGUUGAUGCUGAGCGAUUGGAACAAGUUGAUUCCUUUGCAAUGCAAAUUCAGGCAGUUGAAGAUGCUAAAGCAGCUGCUAAUAAAAAGAAGAACCUCAUUUCCCGUGGCGAUGAUAAUGUUAAAAAGGGGGAAGGAAGUUCUAGAUGUGGUAGUAGAAGCAGAAGAGAUGGUGGUGUUUCAACAGGAACCAGAUCAAAGAGAAAGCAAACUAGUGAUGAAAGCGAUAGGACAAUCAAAAGAGGCGGAGGUCGCAACAGUGACCGUGGUGGUAGAACUGGUGGAAGUGGUCGUGUGUGUCUAGCAAAGCCUUUAAAACCACAAUAUGGAGGUGGAAUUGCGAUGAACACAGAAUUAGAUAAUGGAAUAGAUGGUUGGGUAGCAUUUGAGGAUUCUAAAAUUGAGUAUCGAGUAUCCGACGAUGGCAACAAUAAAUUUAUUGCAGCUCAUCAAAGAACUCGAGCAUUUCACAGCCCAUCUCAAAAUUUCUUCUUGGAGAAAGAUAAAAUCUACACUUUUUCGGCUUGGUUACAAGUUAGCAGUGGAAAUGCAAGCAUAUAUGCCAUAUUUAAAUCACCAUCUGGGUACCAUAAAGCUGGUAUUACAGUGGCUCAAUCAGGCUGUUGGUCUAUGCUUAAAGGAGGUUUAUCUAUAAACGUUUCAGAGUCUGCUCAACUCUAUUUCGAGAGCGAUAAUAUAAAUACUGAGAUAUGGGUAGAUAGCGUAUCAUUACAACCAUUUACGUUAGACGAAUGGAGAUCUCACAUUGAUCAAAGUGUUGAGAAGGAACGUAAGAACCAUGUAAAAUUGCGGUUGGUAGAUGUUAAUGGAAAACCAUUAGCAAAUACACACAUCAAAAUAAGCCUAAGAGUGCCCCAAUUCCAAUUUGGCUGCGCCUCAAAUAGUUUCAUCUUAUCAAAUAGUGCUUAUCGACAAUGGUUCGCCUCUAAACGAUUCACUGUGACCACCUUUGAGAACGAGAUGAAAUGGUACAGUACCGAGGUAACUCAAGGGCGAGAAGACUACACAGUUGCUGAUGGCAUGCUAAAUUGGGCCAAAAGCCAAAGUUUGUCGGUUCGUGGACACAAUGUCUUAUGGGACGACCCCAAGUACCAGGUUUCGUGGCUCAAUUCACUCUCAGGAAAACAUUUCUAUGAAGCCGUCGAUAAAAGGAUAAAAUCUAUCGUUAAAAGAUAUUCGGGCAAACUAAUUGCGUGGGAUGCUGUUAACGAGAACUUGCACUUCAAUUAUUUUGAGAGUAGGCUUGGGAAAAAGAUCAAUUUGUUCAACAUGAUAAACUCAUAUGACAAUCAUACACCAUUGUUCUUGAACGAUUAUAAUACAAUUGAAGAGCCAAGUGAUAAGGCUAGCUCACCCGAUGCAUAUAUGCAAAAAAUUCGACAAAUAAGGGACAACGGAUAUCAUGGCCCAUUAGGAAUUGGGCUUGAAUCCCAUUUCAAUACACCCAAUUUAGCUUACAUGAGAGCUUCCAUCGAUAAACUUGCAACCCUAAGUUUCCCCAUUUGGCUCACAGAAAUUGAUGUUGGUUCUUCUCCUGAUCAGGCAAAUUUAUUGGAUCAAGUGUUGAGAGAAGGACAUGGGCAUCCUGCAGUUGAAGGACUAGUAAUAUGGGCAGGAUGGAAACCAACAGGAUGCUAUAGAAUGUGUUUGACUGAUAAUAAUUUCAAUAAUCUUCCAACAGGAGAUGUCGCAGAUAGAUUUUUGAGAGAGUUUAUACACACCGAUGACCAUCUCGGCGUGACCGACGAUAUGGGUUAUUUUGAGGCAAGACUUUUUCAUGGAGAAUACUCAAUGAGAGUCAAUAAUACAACUUUAGAAUGUUACAUGAACCUCAAUGAAACUAAGGAGUUUGGUUUUAACGUAACAAAUCAUUCGGAGAAACCUCGACACCAAGUUCAACUUAUUACAGUUUGA